AUGGAAUAUUCAGCCCAUGGCUGCAUGGCAUCACAAGAACCUUCUUCUCACAGAACCCCUGGAUAUUUGGAAUCACAAAAGAACUAUAAUCAAGCCAACAGUGUACGUCAUUCUCACCUGUUUGACAAUAUCUUGGUACAGCCUACGUGGUCAAUGAAUUCUUUUCCCCAGGAUAUUCCGCGUAACUUUGGUGUGUCCACAUCAAAUCCUUCUGUGUGGAAUAACAACUUCACGGGAAACAUAACAGACGCGGAAAUGGACACAACUUCGGUGAACGUAGAUGAAUGGCUUAAGUUAUCUGACCAUGAUUCUCCAUAG